UAAAAUCACCAUUCCUCUUAAGGGGUCUUCCGAAGAUGAGCUGCUUAAUAGAGAACCCCCUUCACACAGCUUUUCAAUGUCAAGGGAGAUACGACUUUUGAGGCCUUGCAGAGUUUCUUCAGCAUUUUUAAGAUUGUCACAAAAAGCAAAUUUAUAUAAAAGUCUAUAAUUUGGGGUAAAGGUUGUCGGAGUGUCUGGAAAAUGGCUCAAAUGGAAGCAGAGUUUGGUGUGAGAGGCGGCAGCAGCAUCAGGGAGUGGAGUGGACAGCUCCAUACUGCUCUGGUGGCCUCGCUUGUUUUCCUUUCCUGUCUGCAAGCCUGUCUGUGGUUCAGGAAUCUCAAAAGAAGACUGCCGGGACCUUUCGCCUGGCCGGUGGUGGGCAACGCUUUACAGCUGGGCCAGAUGCCUCACAUCACCUUCAGCAAGCUGGCCAAAAAGUACGGAGACGUGUUUCAGAUCCGACUGGGCUGCAGGGACAUUGUGGUCCUGAACGGAGACCGGGUCAUCCGCGAGGCGUUGGUUCAGCACAGCAGCGAGUUUGCGGGCCGACCGAACUUUGUGUCGUUUCAGGUUGUUUCGGGGGGAAGGAGCUUGACCUUUAUGAACUACAGCAAACGGUGGCGGAUGCACAGAAAGCUUGCUCAAACAACCAUCAGAGCGUUCUCCUCUGCAAACAGCCAGACCAAAAAAGCUUUCGAGCAGCAGAUCACAGCUGAGGCCACGGAGCUGGUGGAGAUUUUCCUUAAACUCAGCUCUCAGGGACAGUAUUUCAACCCAGCUCAUGAAGUAACUGUAGCUGCUGCCAAUGUGAUUUGUGCUCUGUGCUUUGGAAGGCGCUACGGACACGACGACGUUGAGUUCAGAGCCUUGCUUCACCAGAUGGAUCAGUUCGGACAAACUGUGGGAGCCGGCAGUUUGGUCGACGUGAUGCCGUGGCUCCAGUUUUUUCCCAAUCCCGUCCGGACGACCUUCAGGAAUUUCAAACGCCUGAAUCAAGAGUUUUUUACGUUUGUGAAGAGCAAAGUGGACGAACACAGAGAGACGUUUGAUCCGGAGAUCACCAGAGACAUGAGCGACGCCGUUAUCCGCGGGAUCAGCGAGGCCGACGUUGAGCUCACAGACGACUACACCGAGUCGACGGUGACGGACUUAAUCGGUGCAGGUAUGGACACCGUCUCCACCGCGCUGCACUGGAUUGUCCUCCUGCUGGCGAAGCAUCCAGACAUUCAACGGAAACUCCACGAGCUCAUUGACAGGGUGGUGGGCCGUGACAGACUGCCGUCCGUGGAGGACAGGCCGCACAUGCCCUACCUGGACGCCUUCAUCUACGAGACCAUGCGCUUCAUCAGCUUCGUCCCCGUCACCAUCCCCCACUCCACCACCUCCGACGUCUCUGUUAACGGCCUCAGCAUCCCCAAGGACACGGUGGUAUUCGUCAACCAGUGGUCUGUCAACCACGACCCUUUGAUCUGGAGGGACCCUCACGUCUUUGACCCCUCGCGGUUCAUUGACGAGAGCGGCUCCCUGGACAGAGACCUCACCAACAACGUCCUGAUCUUCUCAGCGGGGAAGAGGAGGUGCAUCGGGGAUCAGGUCGCCAAAGUCGAGAUCUUUUUGUUCUUUGCGAUCCUGCUGCACCAGUGCAGCUUUGAGAAAUGCCCAGACCAGGACUUCUCUCUGAACUACAGCUACGGCUUAACACUAAAGCCGUGGGAUUACAGAGUCACAGCCAAACUCAGAGGAAACUUACUAAAGCAGGCAUAAAAAGCUUUUUUUCUUAUUUAAAUCAGGUAUGUUCUCUAAAAAUUGGAACUUAGUCAAAUUUGUCCAAACUUUCAAAAUGUAUAAGCUUUACAUGGUUUAGAUAAGCUUCCUUUCUUUUUUUAAAAAAGUCAAUUAUUUUGAUUCAGAUUAAUUUUGUGAAGAAAAUCAGUUUUCUUUUGCACAAGGCACAUUUUUGAAUAUUUAUCCUUCAAAUGUCAAUUUUAAAGGAAACUUUGAUACUUCAA